AUGGCUACCAUGUCGCCUCGUCUCCCUAGCCCUCCUCCCCCGGCCGAGAUCCAGAUCGGGCCCAAAUCUCCAGGCUUACCCGCAGAUCAAGAGUCGCAGCAGAUGGAGCAGACAAUCCUCAACGCCAACUCGCGAAGACGCAUACAUCCUGGCACCAAGAGCGCCGACAUGGCCGCCGGCCCACCACUUGUGCCCUUGAACGAGCUCGAUUCCGCGUUCCAGCUCCAAGAGCAUCUGGCCGCCCUCCACUACUAUCACACCGCCAACAACACGCGACCCAUCACCCGAGAGAUCGCCACUCUGCUGGCGACACCCCCACAAUCGACUGACAAGACGCUGUGGCUGUACGAGCUGUGUCGAUUCCUCGUCGCACAAUGCAACAGCCUGAUCGUCGGCUUCCUCUUUGACACUCCUCCUUGCAGCUUCAACACGUGCCCGGAGAUGCGCGCUUCGGAAUGGCAGUUCCUGUGCGCAGUGCAUGAGCAACCCAAGUCGUGCUGCGCCAUAGAUUACUGUUGCCACACCCUCGACUGGGCAGCCAACGUCGUGACGAACCCCAAGGUGUUUCCCUCGCGCUUUGUAGCGUUGUCUGGUGGAGACGGCUCUGGGCACGACAAGAACACCGCGGUCAAGAACCUCGUCAACGUUUUCCGACGCCUCCACCGUAUCUUUGCCCACGCGUGGUUCCAACACAGGGGCGUCUUCUGGUCUGUAGAGGGGCAGACCGGCUUAUAUGUCUUCUUCAAGACAGUUUGCGACAUGUUUGAUACAUUACCAGCUGAGAACUACAAACUGCCCCCUGAGGCAGAAGGCCUGGAGAGCGCCGCGGCUGCUGCCGAGUCUACGGAUAGGGGAACCAAGAAGGAGCAGUCACAGCUGCAAACACCUACAAUCCAGCAGCAUUCUGACGAGGACAACUUUCUACCAGCGGGAAGAACCAACACUCGACGGCACAUAAGAAGUAGCCCGUCGACGGGGAGCGCUGUGACGACAGUGAUGGAGGCAGAUGAGGACGACAGCGCAGAUGUCUCCGGCAGGCUCAGGGAAAUGCGCAUCUCGACACCUGAGACUGUGGUAGAAGAGUCUGAGGGGACAGAGGUACCCGUCAUUGUCGAGCAUGGCAUGAUGGAGGGGCUAAAUGAGAAGGCUGCGGAGGAAGAAGAAACUCCAGCGUCCCAGGAUGAACCCAAGUCUGACGCGGAGCCGAGCCUCUCUGCAGCCGACCCAAAGGCCGAUGAACCUUCUGAGCCUGCGCAACAAGAAGAGGCAUCGAGUAACACCGAUGACGCAGAGGCCGCGGAUGCUGCGGCUCAAAGUAGUGCUCAAGAUGAGGAAGAGGUCCAGGCUAGCGCGCCUGAAGAAUCGGAGGAGCCAAGCUCUACCGAGAGCGCGGGCGAUCUCGCAACAACCAGCAGACAAGAUUUUGCUACGGAGCAGGCUGCGGAUCAAAAUCAUGAGCCAUCCCCGACCAAGCCUGAGGAGGACGCUCAGCAAGAAGCGACCGACAAAGAGGCCGAAAAGGCUGAUGAGUCCCAAGACAAGGAUUCGUAA